GCUACCAGUCAUCCCCGAGGCCGUUCCUCUUGAAUCACUGACCACAGCCGCCGGCGAGGCGAAGAAUAGCUGACCACCCCUCCCCAUAUUCAAGGCUCCCCCCUCCCCAUAUCGAAGGCUCUCUCCCGGCCUCCACCAAGAAAUGCAGGGCAUUUGCGCUCCAGCUGCAGGUUCGUCCUCGCACCAGCACGGCGAUUGCUCAGUUGGUUCGUCCUCGCACCAGCACGGCGAUUGCGCUUCAGCUGGUUCGUCCUCGGAUAGACCAUAUCCUCGCUGGAUCGAUGCCCGGCUCAGAUCUUCGCGGUCUUUACCGGGUCGAUUGUCAGGCGGUGCCCGGCUCAGAUCUUCGCGGUCUUUACCGGGUCGAUUGUCAGAGAUCAUGGCACCGCUAAAAUGGCCUGAACCCAUGUUGGACUAUUUUGUGGAUGAGUGUUUCAAGAUGGUUCAGGAUGGUAGAUCGCCAGCGAAUGAAACCUCUUUUUUUCGGACACUUGACCGCUCCAUGGCCAGGAAAUCCUUUGAUAUUACCUUCUGUACAGAGGAUCUUAUUCAACAGUUUAGACGAGUAAGAUCUUUGUGGGAUAAGUACCAUGAGAUUCUGAAGAAUUUGGAAAUAAUAAAGGUACAAGAACGACAAAGCCAGACUGAUCCUGAUAAAUUGCGUCUUAAAACUGGUGAUAUUUAUGCUAGUAAAUUCAUCCUUAUUAGGAAAUAUGAAAUAAAGCUCAACACGAUCUUUGAAAGUUUUUAUGGAAGCAAGGCAAAAUCACUUAGCACGUACAGGUUCAAUAUUGAACACAGUGAUCGAUACACUGGGGACAAUAGUAUUUCAAGUAAAAGGCGUAGCCUUGGUGAACCCUUCUCACGCCAGCUUCGGCUGAAGAGCUCAGACAUGCCUGAGUCAUCACAAAAUGGCAGCGAUUCUGAAAUACAAGACUAUGACAAAGCAAUGGGCGAACUUAUCAAUGAAGUUGAUGAUGUAACUUAUAUCAUAGCUGGUCAAUGCCUUCGAGACCCUAAAAUUCUGUGUUCAUACUCACAUAUUCCAACCAUUAAAAGAAAGAUCAGUUUCUUGCACGGAACCUGGAGGGUGAUGUGUGAACCCAAGUGUGUCUUAGAGAAUUUGCAACCAGCCGAUCAGCUAUUUGCGGGGAGGAGCCCAAACUCCUGAGCUCCCGCCUGCUAUCUGACAGCAGGAGAUGCGAGUUCUUCAAGUGGUAUGAUGAUAAAGCUUUUCCUCAAUAUAUCACCAACUUGCUGGGGGACUUGCGAGACAACCAGUGCUACCUUGCUUAUUGUUCUGUAGACCACUUUUAUUGUAAUAUGUACUUCAGAACUUUGUUUACGGUUUGGGAAGUGACCAUGUUCUGAGUUUAUUUGGUCACUGUAAUGCCUGCGCAAAAUACUUCUUAAAAUGUCAGGUUUAGUGAUGACUUUGUAAUGUCUGUGGUGUGCUUCGUAUGCAUGCAAAACUGAGUUUAAAAUUUCAGGUCUCCUUAUUAAGUUA